GCGGAUGCCACUUCAUUCCUGUCCACCAUGGUCCUGGAUGCAAGGACCCUCAGACUGAGUACAUCUGUGUCUCGCUGUGUAGCUCGCUUGUCAUCCCCACGUCGCUUGCACACGGAGACCCUCGCGCAAUGGAUUGAUUCUCCGAAGGAGGCAAACUACAAGGAUACACUUCAUACAGAGCGUCUCGCUGACCUCUUCGCGACUCUAUCGACGCGCGAUGGCACGCGCAAGCCCUACGAAGUACCUCGAGCUGGCGAACCCCUUCCCUACGGACAUCACUUGACCUUCUUCUAUCCGCGUUCGGCCGAGCCGAACUUGCGUCCAGACGGCACAGAUGGAAGUUUCUGCCCUCCAGCACCCUUCAUCCGUCGCAUGUGGGCCGGAGGAAGCAUGUCGUGGGACAAUACACACCCGUUACGCGUUGGUCAAUCUGUGAACGCGGUCGCCACGGUCGACGAAGAGGGCGUACAGCUAAAGAACGCUGGGAUCAAGAGCGCAGGGGCUGAAGAAGACUUGAAGGAGCACAACAACAAGACUCUUCACCUGAACAAGUCCUCGAUGGUCUUCGUCAACCAGCAUAUUGCGUACACAGCCGAGGGACGACGCGCUCCUUCGCUUGUCGAGCGUCGCAGCCAUGUCUUCCUUCCCGGUGCCGUGCCGCGAGGUGGGGCGCCCAAACCAGUCGACAACCUACCUAACCCUCAGUUCUCGCUGGAGUACAUGCCGACGGCGACGACUCUCUUCCGCUUCUCGGCCCUUACCUUCAACGCGCAUCGAAUCCACCUUGACAAGGAGUACGCUCAUGAGGAGGGUUACUCUGAGCGCCUCGUCCACGGCCCGCUCACCGCUUUGAUGUUUUAUGGAGACCAUGGCGUACAACUUUCCCUCCGCACGCCCAGUCUACUUUGAGUACCGCGCCCGCAACCCG